AUGGCGACGGGACACGCAUUUCCGUCCCGCCCCUGCCCUCGGAAGCGAUUCCCCGCCCGUGCCUCUCGCCUCGGCGCCGCCGCCAUGAAGCCCAUCCUGCUGCAGGGCCACGAGCGAUCCAUCACGCAGAUCAAGUACAACCGGGAAGGGGAUCUGCUGUUCACCGUGGCGAAGGAUCCCAUCGUUAACGUGUGGUAUUCGGUGAACGGGGAGCGGCUGGGCACCUACAACGGCCACACAGGAGCCGUGUGGUGUGUGGACGCGGACUGGGACACACGGCAUGUGCUCACCGGCUCUGCGGAUAACAGCUGUCGGCUCUGGGACUGUGAGACAGGAAAGCAGCUCGCCCUGGUGAAGACCAGCUCAGCAGUGAGGACGUGUGGCUUCGACUUUGGGGGAAACAUCAUCAUGUUUUCCACAGACAAGCAGAUGGGAUAUCAGUGCUUUGUCAGCUUCUUUGACCUCCGGGACUCCAGCCAGAUCGAGAACAACGAGCCUUACAUGAAAAUCCCCUGCAGUGACUCCAAAAUCACUAGUGCCGUGUGGGGCCCUCUGGGAGAGUUCAUCAUCGCUGGCCACGAGAGCGGAGAGCUGAACCAGUUCAGUGCCAAGUCAGGGGAGCAGCUUUCAAACAUCAAGGAGCACACCAAGCAAAUCAACGACAUCCAGACCUCCAGGGACAUGACUAUGUUCAUCACAGCCUCCAAGGACAACACAGCCAAGCUGUUUGACUGCACGACCCUGGAGCACCUGAAGACGUUCCGGACGGAGCGGCCGGUGAACUCCGCGGCGCUCUCCCCCAUCUUUGACCACGUCGUGCUUGGUGGUGGGCAGGAGGCCAUGGAUGUGACCACCACCUCCACCAGGAUUGGCAAAUUUGAGGCCAGGUUCUUCCACUUGGCUUUUGAAGAAGAGUUUGGCAGAGUGAAGGGUCACUUUGGGCCCAUAAACAGCGUCGCUUUUCACCCUGAUGGGAAGAGCUACAGCAGUGGGGGUGAGGAUGGCUACGUCCGCAUCCAUUACUUCGACCCACAGUACUUCGAGUUCGAAUUUGAAGCCUGAGGGAGGAUUCCCACAGCUCUCCUCUCCCUUCCUCCCCUCCUCACCCAGCCCAUCACCUGCUGCACAGGACCAUCCCACGGCCUGCAGCCAGUCUGCUCCCUGGCAGCAGAAGGAAACAGGCAGCAGCAGACUGGGGAGAACCAGAAACCCAACUGGGUGUCCCAGGAGGUGGAGUGAGGGUGAGGUGGGGAGCUGGGCUCUGGCCUUGCCUGCCCUGGGGCUGCUGCCUUCCCUGGCCAUAUUUACACAGCAAGGGGGGAGAAAGAAAACCUCUUCAGGAAAUAAAUCAGAAGCUUUUCUAAGGCAAAA